UCCAAAAAAAAAAAAAUCUCAGCUUUCGAAAACCUCGCAAUCGUUCUAGAGAGAGAUACAGGGGAAGAUGGAGAGGCCUUUCUUCGCGAGCCCAUGGAAUCCAAUUCGCUAUGGCUACGUCCCCCAGCCGAGACCUCGCCCGCCGGCGGCGAAGUCUCGGGUCGUCUCUAUCCCCGUCCGCUUCGUCAGCUCCGAGGAGGAAGAGAGGACGGCGAAGAGGCCUGCUGCCGCCGCCGCGGCGCGGCAGGCGGGGGAGGUCGACCGGGAUGUGGCCGCCGUCAAGGUCCAGAAGGUCGUCCGCGGGUUCUUGGUGCGGAAGAACGUGAGGGUUGUCCACAAGGUCGCAGCUGAGGUGGACGAGAUCGAGAGGAAGAUUAGAGCGGAGGAGGAGUUGAUAAGGAGGGACGGGAAGGAGCGGCUGAGGGUGAAUGAGAUGCUGAUGGCGUUGUUGUUGCGAUUGGAUUCGGUGCGUGGGGUGAGGGAUUAUCGGAAGAAAGUGAUCCGGAGGGUGAUCUCGCUGCAGGAUGCCGUGGAUUCGAUCGCCGCCGCCGCUAGGGAUGAGAAGGAAGUCGGAGGGGAAGCCCUAGACGCGGAGAAUGGAGCACCGGCCAAAACCCUUGAGUCGCCGGAGGAGGUAGGGGAGCACCAUAUCGAUGAAGAAGCUGUUCCUCAAGAAUGUGGAGAUGGGAUCUCGGAGGUUCGUGGUGGGUCUCCUAAGGGUUUUGGAACCCUGGAUGACUCCGUCGAAGAAGCCCUAGAAGCGAAGGAUGAAGCACCAGAAAGCAAGGAUCUUGCUGAAGGUUCUGUCCUGGUAGAAUCGAAGAGCGUCGAGGAAGGCAACAUUGGAGAUCCCAUGGAGGAAACCCUAGGAAACUCCCCAGAGUUCACAGCUCCACUGGGAACAGAGGAUAAAACGGAGGAAGCAGUGGAGGAAUCCAAGGUCGAAGAGAAAGGUACCAUCUUCGAUCCAAUCAAGCAAGAGAGGACCCAUGAUCAAACACUGAGUGGAAGUAAGAUGACUGGGAUCGGGGCAGAAGAAGGGAGCACGAGCUCGGAUCAGAUGAUGGAGGUGAUGGAGAGAGUGAUGGCAGAGAAUGAGAGGCUGAAGAGACUGGUGACGGAGCUCUGCGAGAGAAGCAACCAGCAAUGCCGGCUGAUGGGAGGGCUGGUGGAGACGGUGGAGGACUUGGAGAGGAGGAUGGAAAAGAGGAGGAAGAAGAAGAAGAAGAAGAACACGAAGAGAAGGCCUGCCGAGAAUAAAUAUCACCUCUGCUCUUGAGAAGAAGCGAAGAAGAAGCAUAUGUUUUUGUUGUUCAGAAUGGUGUAUUUGUUGCAUUUUUUGCGGAUAUAUGUUUCUCAAACUCUGUUGUUUCUUUGGGGAUUAACAAAUUUCGGCCUGUAAUAAAGAUUAUGGAUUGUUUCGAGGAAA